AUGAUGAAUGUAACCAACCACUUUUGGAUAAAGCUCAGUUAAGAGCCACAUCUCAGUUGCCCGAAAGAGGCCCAUACAAUGCCAGACUUAAUGGCGGAAACGCAUGGACGGCUAGCAGCUCAGACUUUGGUCAGUACCUUAUAAUCGACCUGGGUCAAGUAAUGAACAUCACAACCGUGGCGACCCAGGGACGAGCUGUUCAAAAUGAGUAUGUUAUGGAGUAUGGUAUCAGUUAUGGUACAAAUGGCCUGGACUACGUUGAUUUCAAAGAAGAAGACGGUAACAUUAAGAUUCGUGUGCCCAUUUCAAGGAUCCAUAGGAGGUUCUACGUGGUCACCAGAGCUUAGCAGUUAUGAUCAACAUCUUACUGUGGAACUGGGGGACAGAUUUGAGAUACGCAGCAUUGCCACACGAGGUCGUGCUCAUACUAACGAGUAUGUGACAGAGUACAUUGUCCAAUACUCUGAUGAUGGGCAAGCCUGGGCCAGUUAUGAGAGUCAGGAUGGUGUAGAUGAGAUGUUCAAGGGUAAUGUAGAUGGAGAUACCAUAAAACUUAAUAAGUUCGAGGUUCCAAUUAUUGCGCAAUGGCUUAGAAUAAAUCCUACACGAUGGCGGGAUAGAAUAUCGUUAAGAUUAGAAUUAUAUGGAUGCAAUUAUGUGUCCGAUGUUCUUUCCUUCAAUGGUUCGUCUCUUUUGCGAUACGAUUUGUUGAGGGAACCGAUAGAAACUGAUAGACAUUUUAUACGUUUUCGAUUUAAAACAAACAACGCCGAUGGGGUCCUUAUGUACUCCAGGGGUACGCAGGGGGAUUACAUAGCCUUGCAACUGAAAGAUAAUAGAAUGUUGUUGAAUAUCGAUCUUGGAUCCGGUAUUAUGACGAGCUUGUCCGUUGGAAGCCUGUUGGACGACAAUAUGUGGCACGACGUCCUAAUAUCGCGUAAUAGAAAGAAUAUAUCGUUUUCGGUAGAUAGAGUAUUAAUCAAAGGAAGAAUAAAAGGAGAGUUUCAUAGACUGGAUCUGAACAGAGCGCUUUACAUAGGCGGUGUGCCCAACAAACAGGACGGAUUAGUAGUUAAUCAGAAUUUUACAGGGUGCAUAGAAAACUUUUACCUCAACGCAACAAGCAUCAUUCACGAUUUAAGAGAAACUGAAAUGACCGGUGAAAACUUAAGAUAUUAUAAAGUGAAUACGAUUUAUAAUUGUCCAGAACCACCCAUUGUUCCUGUUACAUUUUUGACCCAUGGAUCGUAUGCUAGACUCAAGGGAUACGAAGGGAUAUCUUCUUUGAACGCUUCCCUCACUUUUCGAACGUACGAAAAUCAGGGAAUCAUUUUGUACCACCAGUUCACGUCGCCGGGUUUUGUGAAGCUAUUCUUAGAAGACGGUAAACUGAAAGUGACCAUCCAAACGAAAGGAAAUCCCCAAGUAACUUUAGAUAAUUUCGACGAGAAGUUCAACGACGGCAAAUGGCACCAAGUUAUUUUGACCAUUGCUAAAAACAGUCUGAUCUUGAAUGUGGAUGGCACGCCGAUGAGAACCAAACGUAUGCUGGAAAUGACAACGGGUCCAGUGUAUUUUAUCGGCGGCGUAACAGGGAUAGAAAGCAACAAAGGUUUCGUCGGUUGCAUGCGAAUGAUUAGCAUCGACGGUAAUUACAAAUUACCGACCGACUGGAAGGAGGAAGAGUAUUGUUGUAAGAACGAAAUUGUUUUCGAUGCUUGUCAGAUGAUGGAUCGUUGCAAUCCAAAUCCGUGCAAACACUCCGGUAUUUGUCGUCAAAAUUCUGAUGAAUUCUUCUGCGAUUGUGCCAAUACGGGAUAUACAGGGGCGGUGUGUCAUACUUCAUUAAAUCCUCUCUCGUGCGAAGCGUACAAAAAUAUAAACACGGUCAAUCAACGAGCAGACAUUAAAAUAGACGUCGAUGGAAGUGGUCCGUUAAAUCCAUUCCCUGUGGUUUGUGAAUUCUACACGGAUGGACGCGUAAGGACGAUACUUCGGCACAAUAACGAACGCAUAACACCCGUGGAUGGGUUCCAAGAACCGGGCAGUUUCGUUCAAGAUAUUAUUUACGAUGCGGAUAUGGAUCAAAUCGAGGCUCUGCUAAAUCGAUCGACGAAUUGCAGGCAGAGGAUCAGUUACGAAUGCAUACAUUCGAAACUCUUUAAUUCACCGGUGCCGCAAGGAGAUUACUUUAGACCGAAUUCAUGGUGGGUCAGUAGAAGUAAUCAGAAAAUGGACUAUUGGGGCGGAGCGUUGCCAGGAUCGCGUAAAUGCGAGUGUGGUAUUCUUGGGAAUUGCGUGGAUCCCACGAAAUGGUGCAACUGUGACUCUGAGGUGAAGGGUCCCUUGGAAGAUAGCGGCGAUAUCACCGAAAAGGAAUACCUUCCUGUCAAACAAUUGCGAUUCGGGGACACUGGUACGCCGGUUGACGAGAAGGAAGGUCGUUAUACGCUAGGACCGCUUAUCUGCGAGGGCGAUGGUUCUAAUUUACCUUGGUUGACUGCCAAGGUAAGAUCAGAUUUGUUCAAGAACGUAGUGACGUUCCGUAUUGUCGAUGCAACCAUCAACCUGCCAACCUUCGAUAUCGGUCACAGCGGUGAUAUCUUCUUCGAAUUCAAAACCACCAUCGACAAUGCUGUUAUAAUGCACAGCAAGGGGCCUACGGAUUACAUAAAGAUUUCUAUAAACAGUGGAAACCAGAUUCAGUUUCAGUACUUGGCAGGUAGCGGCCCGCUCACUGUAAGCGUGCAAACCUCUUAUAGAUUAGCCGACAAUCGAUGGCACUCGGUGUCGGUUGAAAGGAAUCGUAAAGAGGCUAGAAUAGUGGUCGACGGGGCAUUGAAAACCGAGGUGAAAGAACCCCCGGGCCCGGUACGAGCCCUCCACCUCACGUCUGACCUCGUAGUCGGUGCCACGACGGAUUACAGGGACGGUUACGUGGGGUGCAUCAGGGCGCUUUUAUUGAACGGUCAGUUGCAAGAUCUGAGAAGCUACGCGCGACAAGGGCUGUACGGAAUCACCGAAGGUUGCAUGGGUAGAUGCGAGAGUAAUCCGUGCCUCAACAAUGGCACCUGCCACGAAAGGUACGACGGGUAUUCGUGCGAUUGUCGGUGGACCGCGUUCAAGGGUCCCAUUUGCGCAGACGAGAUCGGUGUGAACAUGCGUCCCAGCUCGAUCAUAAAAUACGACUUCAUGGGCAGCUGGCGUUCGACGAUCGCCGAAAAGAUACGAGUCGGUUUCACGACAACGAACCCUAAAGGAUUUUUGCUCGGUCUAUUCUCGAAUAUCUCUGGCGAAUAUAUGACGAUAAUGGUGUCGAACAGCGGGCACUUGCGCGUAGUGUUCGAUUUCGGUUUCGAACGGCAGGAGGUUAUAUUCCCGAACAAGCAUUUCGGUCUGGGACAGUACCACGACGUCAGGGUCGGUAGAAAGAACUCGGGGGCGACACUGAUAUUGCAAGUGGACAAUUACGAACCGAAGGAGUUUAAUUUCAACAUAAAAACAUCGGCGGACGCCCAGUUCAAUAACGUUCAGUACAUGUAUAUUGGAAGGAACGAGUCCAUGACGGAGGGAUUCGCCGGUUGCAUAUCCAGAGUAGAAUUCGAUGAUAUCUAUCCUCUGAAAUUGUUGUUCCAAGAGGACGGGCCCUCGAACGUUCGUUCUUUCGGUACUCCCCUAACGGAAGACUUCUGUGGCGUGGAACCGAUUACGCAUCCGCCCGAUGUCGUCGAAACGCGACCACCCCCGCAAUUGGACGAAGAUAUACUCCGAGCCGCGUACAACGAAAUCGAUACAGCAAUCUUGGGAAGCGUGUUGGCCGUUAUUAUCAUAGCGUUGGUAAUAAUGGCAGUGCUCAUAGGUAGGUACAUGUCGAGACACAAAGGUGAAUACUUAACGCAGGAAGACAAGGGUGCUGAGAUAGCGUUAGACCCCGAUUCGGCCGUCGUGCAUUCAACUACCGGUCAUCAAGUUCAAAAGAAGAAAGAAUGGUUUAUUUAAGUUGUACCGCGCUGUAACGAUUGCUAGAAUACGUUUAUAGGUAAAGCUAUGCAUAUUAUAAGUGCACUUUGAAGUGUCAUACGAAGGAUUUGCGGUAUGUUCCGUGAAAAGGUGAAGUUGAACUGGUUGGAUUUGCUUCGCCGUCUCAUGGAACGUACCGUAGAAGGGACAAUACGAAACUUUGUUUUUACUGUCUCGAUUAAAUACUAGCAGUAAGACGAAAAAAAAAAAAGCUUUGCAUAAAAGAAAGGCAGAGUCGGUUGAACGGAACUGAUUCACGAAACAUAAGAAAUUAUAUUGAAAUAUCUUAUAACGAAAAAUACCAGACUGGUACAAACAUAAUAAAAUUUUCCUGAGAAGAACUGAAUAUUAUAGAAGUAUUUCUCAUUUAAUUACUGUUUGGCUCAAUAUUUACAUUUAAAAAUUAAGAUUACCGUCGGGGCUAAGGAAAAUAACGUACGACUAUGACUAGCAGUGAAAUUGUAUACAAAGGCAGAAAGGUAAACGUGUCACUGUUUAAAUAAUUGAAGACAAUGUUUUUCAUUUUGCAUUAGUAUUUUACUUUUUAAGGUAAAGAUUCCAAUUAUUUCAAUACCUAGUUUGAAAUAUUGUAUUGUUAGUAGGUUGCUAAACAGUAGAGGGUAGUGAGAAACAAUUGUAAUUGCAAAUUGUUGUUAUUUUAGUUUGCGACGUGCAUAAGUAUUUAUUAUACUUUUGUAACUUAGUUCAAACAUCGCGACAGGAUAACAUUCUAACAUAAAAUAUUAUGUUCAUCCUUCUAGAAAAGGAAAAUAGUUCUUCGUUUUUCUUUUACUUGACUAUAUCUAUAUUUCCAUUUUUAAUAUCGACUGCAAAUUAUUAAACGACCCGUAAAAUGAGCGUUUUCGCUCUCGUGUUCAAAUUUGUUGAACUUCUUUUUUACCGAUGACAAAAAUUGUAUAUAUACAAAGUUUUAAACUUUCAAUAAUCUCCUGUAAAGUACUUUUUCUUUUGCAAAAAAUGUUCUCAGUAUUAUUUGUAAUGCUUACCGUCCAAAGUGCAUUUUAAUUUUUUUUUUUUUCGUAUUUAUUUUGUUUACACUUGUUUAUUAUAUAUUGCAGAUAUUUUAUUUUUUUCGACUUGUAAUAAUCCGA